CUGCGCGACCAGCGCCAGACCCCGGAGGGCGCGAACGGCGAAGGGGACAAGAGCGGAGCGGGGUGGAGCGGGGGCGGCGGCGAGGAAGGGGUUACGCCGGCGACGUCCGCAGCGCCAGGCUUCGCGUGUGAGCGACGCUGGCGCUGGGCCUGGCAAUCGAGCUUUCCCGGCGGGCCAGCAGGUGGUUGACGCCGGCUCCUGGCGGAGCGCAGGGAGGAGAGAGGUGUCUGUGUCACCGGCGUAGUCGACGGCGGCCCGGCCAUGGAAGAGACGCAGCCGCUUCCACAGUCCGAGCUGCCGUUGUGCGACAGCCUCAUCAUCUGGCUGCAGACUUUCAAUACUGCCGCACCUUGUCGAGAUGUCAAACAGCUGACUAACGGGGUUGCCAUGGCGCAGGUUCUUCAUCAGAUUGAUAUAGCUUGGUUCAAUGAAUCUUGGUUAAGCCGAAUUAAAGAGGAUAUGGAUGACAACUGGAGAAUAAAGGCUAAUAAUUUAAAGAAAGUACUUCAAGGAAUUAUGAGUUAUUAUAAUGAGUUUUUGGGGCAGCAGAUUUCUGAAGAACUUAUUCCUGAUUUAAACCAAAUAACUGAAUGUUCCGAUUCUGUGGAGCUUGGGAGGUUGCUCCAGCUUAUUUUAGGUUGUGCAGUCAACUGUGAAAAGAAGCAAGAACAUAUUCAAACUAUAAUGACCCUGGAAGAAUCUGUGCAACAUGUGGUCAUGACUGCUAUUCAAGAGUUGAUGAGUAAAGAAAUACUAAACUGUCCUACAAACGAUGCUGUUGGAGAAUUAGAGCAACAGCUUAAGAGGGCCUUGGAAGAACUUCAGGAAGCACUAGCAGAGAAAGAAGAACUGAGGCAAAGAUGUCAAGAAUUAGAUAUGCAGGUGACUGCACUACAAGAUGAAAAGAAUUCACUAGUUUCUGAGAAUGAGAUGAUGAAUGAAAAACUUGACCAGUUGGAUGGAUCUUUUGAUGAUCCAAAUACAAUGGUUGCAAAAAAGUAUUUUCAUGCACAUUUACAACUGGAACAAUUACAGGAAGAAAACUUCAGGCUUGAAGCUGCAAAAGAUGAUUACCAAGUUCACUGUGAGGAACUUGAAAAGCAACUCAUUGAAUUUCAGCAUAGGAAUGAUGAAUUGACGAGUCUUGCUGAAGAAACAAGAGCCCUAAAAGAUGAAAUAGAUGUUCUUAGGGCUACCUCUGAUAAAGCAAAUAAACUGGAGUCAACAGUCGAAAUAUAUCGUCAGAAACUACAAGAUCUGAAUGACCUUCGUAAGCAGGUGAAAACUUUACAGGAUACAAACAUGAUGUAUAUGCAUAAUACAGUGAGCUUGGAAGAAGAAUUAAAGAAGGCAAAUGCAGCACGUACACAAUUAGAAACAUACAAGAAGCAGGUUCAAGAUCUUCACAUUAAACUUUCCUCUGAAUCCAAAAGGGCAGAUACAUUGGCAUUUGAAAUGAAGCGGCUUGAAGAAAAACACGAAGCUUUAUUGAAGGAAAAAGAGAGAUUAAUAGAACAGCGUGAUACUCUGAAAGAAACAAAUGAAGAGCUUCGAUGUGCACAAGUACAACAGGAUCACCUAAACCAAACAGAUACAUCUGGUACAAAAAGUUAUGAGAAUCUUGCUGCUGAGAUUAUGCCAGUGGAAUAUAGAGAGGUGUUUAUUCGACUGCAACAUGAAAAUAAGAUGCUUCGCUUACAGCAGGAAGGUACUGAGAAUGAGCGCAUUGAGGAACUUCAGGAGCAGCUAGAACAGAAGCACCGUAAGAUGAAUGAAUUGGAGACCGAGCAAAGGCUGAGCAAAGAGCGCAUCCAAGAAUUGCAGCAGCAGAUCGAGGACCUCCAGAAAUCAUUACAGGAACAAGGCUCCAAGUCUGAAGGAGAAAGUUCCAGCAAACUAAAGCAGAAGUUGGAAGCUCAUAUGGAAAAAUUAACAGAGGUCCAUGAAGAAUUACAGAAGAAGCAAGAGCUCAUUGAAGAUCUUCAGCCAGAUGUAAACCAGAAUGUGCAAAAGAUAAAUGAACUUGAAGCUGCUCUUCAGAAGAAGGAGGAAGAUAUGAAAGCAAUGGAGGAAAGAUAUAAAAUGUACUUGGAGAAAGCAAGAAAUGUAAUAAAAACUUUAGAUCCCAAGUUAAAUCCAGCAUCAGCUGAAAUAAUGCUACUUAGAAAGCAGUUAGCAGAAAAAGAAAGAAGAAUUGAGAUUUUGGAGAGUGAAUGUAAAGUAGCAAAAUUCCGUGAUUAUGAAGAAAAACUCAUUGUUUCUGCCUGGUAUAAUAAGAGUCUAGCAUUCCAGAAACUGGGGAUGGAAUCUAGGCUUGUGAGCGGCAGUGGUGCGUGCAAAGACACUGGUGCAUGUACUCCUGCACGGUCUUUUUUAGCUCAGCAACGGCACAUCACCAACACCAGAAGAAAUCUCUCUGUUAAAGUUCCUGCUACAACAUCCGAUUAAACUGUAACAGAAAACGUAAACAGAAGUGCCCUUAAAAUAUUUUGUCUCUUUCAACUACUUACUAGAUUGAAAAAGAAAUUCAUGAUAUAAGCCAAUUUAAAAUCAAAAUGCAUAAAAUUAAUUUUGCCAGCUGACUUUUCAAACAAAAUACAGAAUUAGUUAUCUCUCUAAGGGAGUACAUUUGAAUAAUUUGGAGAUGUUAUUAAGCACAUAUUUCAAACAAACAUUUGUCUUUUGAGAGUAUUGUAAUUUCAGAUUGACAUUCUAUAUUUUAGUUUCAUAUUUUCAGUUUUACCAGUAACUUGGUUAAUUUCCAAUGCGUAAUCAGUAAUAUGUAAUUUAAAAAUAUAUAUUUGUUUUAUUGUUUUGGAUGAUGUAAACAGUCUUGAGGUAGCACCUGGAGAACUAUAAAGAGUUAGUUUUUGACUUGAUAUAUACAAGAUUUUACCUUUAUCCUCUUAAUUCUUCAUUAUUUUAUCAUGUAAUGAAUUGAAGAUUUAACAUUUGGAAGAUUUGACUAUUGAAAUAAUUUUGCAUAGUGAAAAUGACUAAUUGGAAAUUUUAUAGAUUCAAAAAAUGUCAUAGUUUUCAUAUGUACCUACUGUACACAAGGGCUUCUGUACAGCAGGGUUGAAAUGUUAAGGGCAUAGAAAUGAACUGAUUCUUGUACGAGGUGACUUUCUGAUGGGCAGCAAGCUAAAAAAAAUGCUUUCUGUGAAAUGCCCACAUACUUUUAAAUUUAAUGAAGAUUACAAUUGUUACUGCUUUUAAGGAUAAAAUUAUCAGGGGGUCUCUGCUAAAAAGGAUUUUUUAUUUUAUUUAUUUUUAUUUUAUUUUAUUUUUUAAUUUUGGUAUCAUGAAUGUACAAUUCCAUGAGCAACACUAUGGUUACUAGACUCCCCCCAUUAUCAAGUCCCCACCACAUACCCCAUUACAGUCACUGUCCAUCAGCGUAGUAAGAUGCUAUAGAAUCACUACUUGUCUUCUCUGUGUUGUACUGCAUUUCCUGUGUACUACACCCCCUACACUAUGUGUGCAAAUCGUACUGCCUCCUUUUCCCCUUAUCCCUCCCUUCCCACCCAUUCUCCCCAGUCCCUUUGCCUUUCGUAACUGAUAGUCCAUUCUUGUGUUCUGUGAGUCUGGUGCUGUUUUGUUCCUUCAGUUUUUUCUUUGUUCUUAUACUCCACAGAUGAAUGAAAUCAUUUGAUAUUUGUCUUUCUCUGCCUGGCUUAUUUCACUGAGCAUAAUACCCUCUAGCUCAAUCCCUGUUGUUGCAAAUGGGAGGAUUUGUUUUCUUCUUAUGGCUGAAUAAUAUUCCAUUGUGUAUAUGUACCACAUCUUCUUUAUCCAUUCAUCUGCUGAUGGACACUUAGGUUGCUUCCAUUUCUUGGCUAUCGUAAAUAGUGCUGCGAUAAACGUAGGGGUGCAUCCGUCUUUCUCAAACUUGAUUGCUGCGUUCUUAGGGUAAAUUCCUAGGAGUGGAAUUCCUGGGUCAAAUGGUAUUUCUAUUUUGAUUUUUUUGAGGAACCUCCAUACUGCUUUCCACAACGGUUGAACUAAUUUACAUUCCCACCAGCAGUGUAUGAGGGUUCCCGUUUCACCACACCCCCACCAACAUUUGUUGUUGUUUGUCUUUUGGAUGGUGGUGAUCCUAACUGGUGUGAGAUGAUAUCUCAUUGUGGUUUUAAUUUGCAUUUGCCUGAUAAUUAGCGAUGUGGAGCAUCUUUUCAUGUGCCUGUUGGCCAUCUGAAUUUCUUCUUUGGAGAAGUGUCGGUUCAGAUCCUCUACCCAUUUUUUAAUUGAAUUAUUUGCUUUUUGUUUGUUGAAGUAUGUGAGCUCUUUAUAUAGUUUGUAUGUCAACCCCUUAUCGGAUAUGUCAUUUAUGAAUAUAUAUAUUCUCCCAUACUGUAGGAUGUCUGUUAUUCUACUGAUGGUAGAAAAAGAGAAUUUAUAAUAGUUUUGCCUCUUUGCUGAAAAGAACUGGUGCAGUGAUGAAAUAAUUUAGAAUCAGUUGGAUUUUAUUAAUUAAUGAAUCUGUCUUAGGCUGAGUUUAUGGUAUUCAGUUCAUUUCUGUGCAAAGCUCUUAUUUUCAAAUGUGUUACUUUCUAAUUUUUCUGGUCAUUUGUAAGUACAUAUUAGAAUUUUAUUUCAGUGUUAAAUCUGUGCUGUCCAAUAUUUAGCCACAAGCCAUAUAUGGCAACUUAAACUAAGUAAAAUAAAAAAUUGAGUUCCUUGGUUGCACCAACCACAUUUUAAAAGUUCAACAGCUGCAUGUGACUUGUGGCUACAGUAUUGGACAGUGAGGACAUUUCCAUCUUUGCAGAAAGUUCUGUUGGACAAUGCUAUGCUAAAUUUUUUUUAUAAUAACUUGGAGAUAUUCUUUGAUGUCAGACUGCAAAAUAAAAAUAACAGAAGUGUUAGGACUAUUUCAGGUGUGAAAAGGAAUCGAAUAUUGACAUACCCAGCAUCUUGCAUUCCUUAUAGUUGAAUAUCUUAUGUUGGGGCAUUCAUAGUUAAUCUUCCCAGUGCUGUUCAACAGCGACAUACCUAUUAGCCAUAUGUCUAGACUAGAGGUCAGCAAAAUACCAUUUAUUCUUGUAAAGGAAUAAAUGGUAAACAGUAAAUAUUUUAGGCUUUUUGGACCAUAUAAUCUAUUUCAAAUACUCAACUCUGCCCUUAAGUAUGAGAACAGCAGCCAUAUACAAUAUGAAAACAAUGGAUGUGGUUGUAUUUCAGUAAACCUUACAAAAACUGUCAUUAGGCCACAUUUGGCCUGCAGGCUGUACAUCUCUGAUCUAGAUUUUAUUCUUAGCCUUUCUUUGCAAAUAUAAGUAUUGUUCUAUUUACAGUAUUACUCUUUUAGAUACUUGGUUUUUAGAUUCUCCACCAGUAAAUUUUUUUAACCACUGAAAAUACAAAACUUUCAUACUGCAUUUGGGUCUUUGAGAAUAGAAAGCAUCUGUCGGGAUACCUUUUUUUUUAUCAGGGUUAUUGCUGUUGACUACCUCUUAGAUUUUGUUGUUUUUUAUUGGUGCAGUUAUAUUAGUUGGUUUGUGUUUUCAUAUAUUGUAGUCUCUGCUUGCCUGCAAAUUUUAGUGAAAUGAAAUGAGCCUUAGAAAAUAUUUUAGCAUGCUAAUUAUAUUUUUCUAAAUAUUAUGACAUUUCUGUAUAUUUGGUCAAUGUAAGUCAUCUGCUCCUUUGGUGUUUACUACUUGUCUUUGAGAUUUUACAAGUUCUUCAAGCUCCCUUUAAAACAUCAAUUCCAAUAAAUUAGUAUUUUUACUGUUCAGUUGCUAAUAAAUGAUCAGUCAUUAUAUUUGGAAUUUCUAAGUAAACAUGCAGUUUCUGAAAAAGCACAUAAGACUAGAUUUUAUUUUUCUUCAUAGAGAAAAAGUAAACUUCAUGAUUUAUCACUUUUCUAGUUGAUAAGUAGAAUUUAAAGUGCUUGAUACAUAAGUAUUUAUACAAACUAAUGUGAAGUUCUGUAUUAUUGUGGUUAGUCAUAUGAAAAUUCAGGAACUUAUCAGAAGUGAGAUUCUUUUCCACGUCUGGUUAAUGUGAGAUUGACACCCUGUGGGUGAUAAAGCAUUUUACGUUUUCAUCAUGAACCAUGAUUUAUACGUGUCUGCGUUGUGAGGCUUAAGUACAUACACCAGCAAAGAGAAAUUCCGCAUUUAUCUACUUGAUAAAGACUUGAAUGGCCUGUUAUAGUAAAGUAAAACCAUAGACCAAUUUGGAAAUGAUCUUUAAUUUUGAGUAUUUGCUCUAAGAUUGAUAGUCCUUUCUCUUUUUAAAAUAAAAAGUGUAUAUUCAUAUGACAGUGAUGUUUAUCCUGAAAUUAACUUAAUUUAUUGAGAAACAUUGAAGUUCACUCUUAUUUUUUUCAGUGAAUAAGGCUGUUGAACUAAUGACUUAGCAUAAUUAAGAAUUAAUGUCUUAUCUAGAAACAUUAAACUGAGUAGGCGUCAUUAAGAUGUCAUCAUCUUUGCAACUAGAGUGCUAAUUUGAAUGUUAGAUAAUGCUUCUACAUCUAUACCUGUUUCUGUAUACUGGCACAUCUGGCCCAGUGAGGUGGCUUUUGGGCCACAAUACCGUGUUAGGUUCUCUAUAUGUAUAUUUAAUGAGAAACAUUACUAUGUAAAAGGUGUGUAUGGUUGUAUGCAUACAUUCUUAUUGUGAACUUUAACAUUGCAAAGAAGUAGUUUGGAAAUUUAUAAAGUGAAACUAUAGAAGAAAAUAAUGUGCAGUUAUUAAACUUGAUGUAGCCUUUAAAUGUAAUGUUUAGUUUAUAAAAGGUUCUAUUUUCUAUGGGAAAAACUUUGACACUUGAAAAAUAGAAACAAUGAUUUAUUUUUGUAAGUAUUUAGGAUAUUAUUUUAAAUAAAUGAUUGUCCAAUAACAAUAUAAUAGUUGUGAAAUGUUUUAGAUAUAUAAAUUUUCUGAUCCUGUGUCUGAUAGCUAUGGAUUUUUAGCAGGUACAAAUGCACAUUAUUUGUUGCUUUAAAUAAAGAACUUAAAAUAUUUAGAUGGAUUAAAGAAAAAUAACUGCUUCAGUUGAAUUCUUCUAAUUUUGUUUUUCAUUUGAAUAUAUUUGGUGAAUCAUAAGAUGGGUAAAAGUGAUUUUUUUAGUGUUUGUUAUGUGCCUCCAGUUUUAUUACUACAAUCUAGACAUUUUGCAUUAUUGUGGAAUCCAGAAUAUUUGUUUUCUUUGGCAGAGAGUGCUAUCUAUCCCUUAAUAUCCAUUCUCUCUUUCUUCCUUUAGUAACAGAACCCCAUAUUUUAUGGGGUUUGCUAUGUUUCCCAUCAGGGAGGAUAAUAACUAUUCCUUUUGAGUAGGUGGGGCUGUUUAACCAAGUUCUGUCCAAAGAGAUGUAAUAGUAGCGAUGUGUGCCUAUUAAAAGAAUGGGUGUCCCUUCCCUAGCUGUUUCCCCUCUCCAUCUGAAAUACCGUGUGCCUGGGAGCAACCCAAAUGUGGACUACAGUCCAGACUUCUCUUGUUUAAGCAGUUUUUAAAAAGCCACGUGGGGGUUUCUUCCAGCAUGCUUCUUAUUGUCCAGUUUAUACAGGUUUGUAAAAAUGAGUUGUGAAAUCUUUGGAAAAGUAUAGGUGUUCCAUAUACUUGGAACAUGUCUUGGGAAGUUUUAAUUCUGUUGCUGUUAAUGGAUGCUCAAUAAAUAUUUGUUUAAUUAA